GAUUUUUUCAAAAAUAUAUAUUACUUUAAUACAAAUAAAUGUUUUUACAAAUUUCAGCCAUUUUUUCGAGGAAAUGUAUACCAUUAACUUGGCAUCACACAGUUCGACUAAGCUUGAGCUCUGGCAAUUAAUUGAUGCGUGGUUGGGUAAAGAAUGGGAACAAUACCCUCGUCGGCGGAACUUUAAUGAUCCUGACGAUGUUUCAAAAGAUUCAGGUUUUCAAUAAUCUGUUUAUUUCAUGAAGAAUACAAGAACUAGUGGUAUGUAUGUGGGAACCAAAUAUGGGUCAACAAAUAAGCCGUGCAAAAUUUGGGAGCAUAUAGCAAAUGAUUUGUAUAAGAUAAAAAAUAAAAACGAUGUGUACUCAUACAUAGGAUCAAUAACGUUUGACUCAGGACCGAACCCAUACUCUUCGGUUAUGAUAGCAGGAUCAUUCUCAGCGUAUUGCAGAAUUCUGCAGUAUGUUGGCAAUCACUUUGCACCUCUUGUUUACAUUAAAGCUGAAAAUAUCCAGAAUCGACUAAAUAGUCAAGCUUGGUUAUUUGACGAUCUAGUUAAACACAUUAGUCACGAUAUUAUAGAAGGGCGACAAAUGAUGACAGCCAGACCUCCUGCAAAUUUCACUCUGGUUAGAUAUGCCAUUCAAUAUUUACAGUUCCUGUUUUAUUUUUGUUGCCAUGAUUUGUCUUUACUAAAAAAUUCAUCUUUAGCGACUCCUGUUUAUCCUGAACAUCUUGAUAUGCCGAAAACAACCCGUCGUUGUUGAUGAACAAGUUAUAUCCCAGUUUGUACAGGAGAAGUUACAUGAAUGGAAAGCUGGUGCCCGGUCAAUGCAAGACAUGGAAGAGGCCUUAACAAAAGAUCAAUUUCUUGAUCAACAACUACCGUCUGAAAAAUAUUUGGAAAACACAGAAAUGGCUCAUUUGGACCAACUAGACGGACCAGAUGAUCCAAUCCUAACAAGUCAACCUGACAAUCCAUUUUGUAUUGGGGUUGAAGAGGACACUUUAGAAAACACAGAUGUUAUAUUUGAUUCAAAUAACAAGUUUUACUAUACAACUUAUGUCAUGCAUAACAUCGAAAACAGAUCCAAAUUAUGCCAGUAAAUAUGCCAUUCCUUGCCAAUCUUGGCAAUUUGUUCCCGGUUCAAAAUUCUACAAAUCUCGAAGACUGAGUAAUGCAAGCUGCAGACAGUCAUGCCGCCUAUUGUCAGUUGCUACAACGAGUAGGAAAUCACUUUAGACCAACACUGUACCCGCCAUCGCUUAAUAUUUAUCAAAAAAUAAAACCCAUUGUGUGGAGUAGAGAAGAAUUAGCUGAUCGUUUAACCGAAGGCAUUUUUAAUGGGGUAAAUAUCUUGGAAGUGGAACCACCACAGAACCCAUUUGUAGACACAAGGAGAACUACUUUGGAAUCUGUUUUGUCAAGCAAAAUCAUGACCACUUACACGUUGCCGGACAUUUCAGACGCUAUUGAAAGUUACAAAGCUGGAAUGAGCAUCCGUGAGGCAUCUGAGAUGUAUAAUGUCCCCCCCUACUCGCUCCAAAAAGUCUUGUCAUUAAACAAGAUAACUCUGCGAAAUGAAUUUUUUCCUCAUGCGCUCACUCAAGAUACCGUCAUGCAAGCUGUCAAGAAACUUAUCAGCAAAGACAAAGACAAAAAACAACUCUAUACCACUGAGAUGAUACUAAAAGAAUAUCCUGGUUUAAUUGAACCUCUACUCGAUAGAUAUAAGAAAAAUCCACAACUAAUUGCAUAUCUGGCUGUUUCUGAUGAGACAAAAAAAUUAGUUAUAAACGUUCUCCGAGCAGGGGCAACAUAUAAGGAUGCAGCCUCUCACUUCAAUUUAAAUAUUAAUACUGAUAAGACUAUAUGGUAUUACUCGAGUCAGGUAACGUAUCCCAGCCAACGGAACAUUUUUACGGGGUUUCUCGUUAGUUCCCCAGUGAGGCGUCGGACUCCUACGCACAUAUAUACACACUGAAAUUCAGGACCUUGCUAAUACGUAAUAUUUACGCAGCGCAUAUUAUAUACAAAUGUUUAAUAGUCAGUCAUUCGCCAAUACGUUAUUAUUGGUGACGUUUGAUUUCCAAAGUUUAAUUUUCUCGCCUUGUUUUUGUUAAUCUCAUGUUCGAAUAAAAAAAUAAGAACAUAACUUCAAAAUGGUUUGCUUAAUGCGAGUUUAUUCCGCAUCCGCAUACAAACCAAACAACACACUGACCACUAAACCACGAUUCCACCACUACCCAGUACCAAGGUUAAAAAUUCCAUAAUUUUGCAAACGUCAACUUCAUUGCACAUCAUGGUUCAUAAAUUUUAUAAAUAAAUGUACAAAAUACCAUCAGUAAAUAAUGGCAAUUAUUUAGUAAUUCGUUUGCUAGCUCACUCUUCACCUGCGACUAAAAUAUUUAAUUGGUGGACAAUGAAACUGUUUGAACGGGAAAAUCAUUUUCAUCCCUGCUGUGGAUUUGAUCUGAACAGUGUUGUCCCCAAAGUCAUACCAGUCGUACAGUUUGCAAUUAUGAAACUCGGUCUAAUUUUCCUCAUUCUUGGAAUAUUUCAAAACUGGGACUCUUUACAGCAAGACAAAGUCACAAACGUGUCAAGCUACCACCUGCGUUUGAUUUGUUGGGGUGGAUAUGGGAUCCACAUUAUAGUGAAUGACUCGUUCUUGCUUCUCCUAUGGAAGGGGUGUCACUCGAAGAAUCCCAGCUUGGUCCGAGUGUGGGUCGUCGCGACCCCAAUUUCUAUCAUCUGGGUGGUCAUCAUGAUGCUAAUCAACAUAAGCCGAUUGCGCUGGGUGUCUGGCGUCUCCAGCCCACAGAUCUUUGUCCUUGUAGCCUUCUACGGCGUCCUUCAAUGCUACUUUGUUUAUGUCGUGUAUUUCUAUAUGAAGGAAAUGGAAGUGGACAUCUUCAUGAGCUCGACCAUCCGCUCCUUGACGGAUGCUGAAGUUGCUGAAUUUGAGCAAGGAAUUAGUCCACCCUUCAGGGUUCAGGAUCUCGACACUGAAACACAGAGUCUAAUGGACAGAAUCCACUAUGAGCGCUAUAAGAAAGAAGACUUUGAAAUCGAGAGAAACAAACUGCAGUUUGACAUGGACAACCCCUUGGGUUCUGGAGACUAUGGGAAAGUGUACAAGGGGCUGUUGCAGCCGGCGGAUGGGACUCUGGUCACCGUUGCGGUGAAAACGGUUAAUCCAGAAAGUGCGGAUGUGAUUUGCUUCAAAGCGUUGCUGACAGAGCUGAAAGUGUGGACGUAUCUGGGUUCCCACCCCAAUCUUGUCGGAUUGUUGGGGGCAUGCACCACGGAAAUCAGAGAUCGAACCUUGUUGAUUGUCUCAGAAUUUUGCGCGUUGGGAAAUUUACACUGUUUGCUGGUUGGGUGUCGUGGACUAUUUUGCAAUUUUGUCAACAAUAACGGGAUCCUUCAAACUUCCACUCUCAACACCACGUUUACGACAGAACAUGUCUCCACGCUAGACUUGAUACGAUGGUCCCGUGAGAUUGCCUCCGGGAUGGAAUAUUUAGAAUCUCUGCGGGUGGUGCAUGGCGAUUUAGCAACCCGCAACAUCCUCUUGACCAGCCACAAAGCCGCAAAACUCACGGAUUUCGGCCUAGCUCGGCAACUUUACAAUUACUCGGUGUACGUCAAAAAACAGAAUACCCCUUUACCUUGGAGGUGGCUUUCGCUCGAAAGUCUGGCUGACAUGACCUUUUCUAGCAAAUCGGAUGUUUGGAGCUAUGCAGUGACCUUAUCAGAGAUAUUCACAUUGGGCGAAAUUCCAUACCCUGGCCACCAGUUUUGCUUGGAAUUUGUUUACGAUCUCAAGGCCGGUCUCCGGCCCAACAAGCCACGUUUUGUGCCGCAAGAAAUAUGGGCCCUCAUGGAGCGUUGCUGGAAAAAGGAUGCAAAAAUAAGGCCCACAUUUUCUGAAAUUGUUCAAAUUUUUGCAAACAUUUAUGACUUUUCAAGUGACUCACAAAUGGGGUUAUAAACAAUAAAGUAAAUAGUAAAAGCAAU